AGAAUAAAAAAGCCGAGGGAAGCAAGUCUUCAGAACAAAAAGUUUCCUCUGUGAAGACAAAUGUUUGGCCUCUUUCUCCCGGGGUUGUGUGCAUACAGAGAUCCGAGAAUCGCGUUUUAUGUGUGACCGCACGGAGGGUUGGACAAAUUGAAGGAGCAACAGGAGGCGGCAGAGACGCUUUCCAGAAGAAGCAAGGGGAGAGAGAGAGAGGGAAGGAGAGAAAGGGAGAGAGAGAGAGACUAUCUCACUCUCCCAGUCGUAGUUGCAACCGGAUCGCAUACAGCGUCUAUUUCGACACUGCAAUAGCAGGACAAUGUCUAGUAAAGCGACUUUAGCCUUACUCAUCUAUGGAAUCAUAAUGCACUACAGUGUCUACUGCUCACCUCUCGGGCUUAACUAUCCUAACCUUAGACUUGAAAAUGAGGUUUAUGACGAGGAUGGGAAUUCGUUACCGGCCUUGGCUUUUGACAGUGAUCAAAUUGCUAUAAGAAGUCCCCCGUCUGUGGCUGACGAUUUGUACACUUUAUACUACCCACCGGAGAAAAGUGGAGGGAGCACCAUGGAAGACGACACAGAGCCUCUGUCAAAGCGACAUUCGGAUGGGAUCUUCACAGAUAGCUACAGCCGCUACCGAAAGCAAAUGGCAGUCAAGAAAUACCUGGCGGCAGUCCUUGGGAAAAGGUAUAGACAGAGAUAUAGAAACAAAGGACGCCGGCUAGCGUAUUUGUAGCGUUGCUAACCCAAACUACCAUGUGUGUACAGCCCAGAUCAAGUCAUUUUGAGAUAACUGAACAAUCAAUCAGUGGAUCGCUCUUGUGUUCUUUAAACAUGUAUUUAUGUAUGAAGUAAAGCCAUUAAAAUGAAUAUUUUGAUAAUAAUAUUGUUUUUCUUUUGUACUUUAGCACUUGAGAACGCACAGAUCUACUUUAUGGACCAAUCUUUUUGUUCAACCUAAAUAUAGCCUAUAUUUAUUUAUUUUUAGACCUACUUAUAAAAUAAGAUUAAAUUAUGAGCAAAUGAUCAAUAUGCUCUUUACCCUGUCUUUUAAACAUUUAAAUAUAUGAAUGUGAGGAAAAUAAAUAGUUUAAAAGACAAUUCAUGUAUUGAAUGUACAUUUUUGGCAACUGAAAUUAAGAGAAUAGUGUCUUUAUUUACAACAGCCCUGAAGACUUAGGUUUUCACCAUAUUCUACAAGACAUAGACUUUGAUGCCCUCCCGGAUGGGGAUGAGUUUGAGGCUAUUUUGGGAGACUGGCUGAAACAGUUUUCUCCCGAAUUUCCGGUGAGUUCCAGGCUCUUUCCCGAGGCCUUGUCUUGAGGGAUGUCUCCUGUCUCUCCCUCUUUUUCUCACCGUAACCUAAACCUGUGAUCUUACGCUCCAAAUACUUGAUACAACCCAAUCGCCUCCUUUCCUCAAUUGUGCUCCUGUCUCUCUAGAGAUACUGUAUCUACUAUAUUCACACCUAUAUAAUGCAUGUCAAGCAUGCAUGUACAGAAUAUGUAUGAACGUGAAUAUAGAUGCAUAGAUAUGUUAUACACAUAUACCGUGUGUCGAUAUACUGUACAUAUUUUUAAAAAUUCCCCAUAAAUAUCCUGUCAUAGGCUGUAGGAUAAUAAUGUGAUGUCAAACAGUAUUAUAAAGAAAUGAAUAAUUUAAGACCAAAACAGACAUGACCCAACUGGCUUUAGAAGCCUUACAUAUGGUGGUAAUCCAGCCACUAAAGUUAAAUACUUGUUAGAAUGACCCUUUGACCCCUAUACGACCCCGAUAUAUAAGAUGAGGACCAGAGUGCUUUUGAGCUUUUUCUUUUCUUCCGGUUGUUCUUCUUCAGUGUUAACGAAAAUAAGCUUACACUUUUGAACUUUGUGCAAAGUAUCUAUCUUGUGUUCCUCUCUAGUGCUAUCCAUGUGUUUGAAAAGAUCUUGAAAACCUGGAAUGCUGUUAAAGGUUUUCCAUAUGUCUCUUCUCGCCACAUAAGAAGUAUCAUGAACAUAGAAUAACCUAGAAUGUUAGCAGACUCGAAAGAAAGAAAGAAAAAAUUCAGACCGUUUCGACUAACAUGAUACUUUUUAUAUGGCUUCAUUUAAUUUCACAAAUGUUGUUAUUUUUCAUGAGGAACAUUGCAGAGGUAAUCUGAAGACGUAUGUGUUGCACCUUCCUGGUUGCUCUACUGUGCUUCCCCUCUAUUGUCAUGUGAACCAAUGUAAAGCUAGACUGCAUGAUUAAAGUAAUUGCACUAGCCACAAAAUCUGUGCAAACUACUGCAAUUGGCUGGUUUUGUUUGCUCACUGAUUGACGUAUCUACAUAUCUGUGUUUCUGGAUGUUGUUUUGUUUUUGUUCUUCCCAAACAUUACUGCACAACGUGUGUGAUUGAACGUCUGACCCCUGUCCUCUGUCGAGGAAACUCGGAUGAAUGUACUGCAGAGGAGAAGCUCUUAGAAAGAGUCUUGUCAUGUUAUCCUUUUAGUCUCUUCUCAAUGGGACUUGAGGCAAGAUUUUGUUACAUUCCAAAUGUAAUAUAUGCCAAAAACAAUUCUUGAAUGAUCGUUGUUUUGAAUGACCUAUCCUGGCAGCCCAAGCGCAGCACAGUAAAACUUCUACCUAAUCAACAGUUAGAUAAAGCCUUAAACAUAAUGAACCGUGCCUGUACUAUUCUGAACACCACCAAUCCCAAACUAGCUCCUCAGUUUACUUGCCUCUUUGCUGUUGAUGUAAAUGAUCACAAGAAGAGUAGCAGAGAACCUGUUGAGUGCUAGAUAGACCCAAGUAUGAGAGGAGUGGGAAGAAGAGAGAGGAAGGAGGAUAGUGGGUGCGAGAGAGGAGAACAAAGACAAACAGGGACACAGAGAAAGAGGGAGAGUCCAUGACCAAUCAAUUUGAGAGAGCAAAACAGUGGUCUUUGGCUUUAAAAGGGAGUUACCAGGCAAAGAUUUCCACACUUCAUUAGAAGAACCUAGCCUCUCUUCUCACUUGUACCCAUCAGUGACAUAUAGACAAUGGUUACUCAGACAGAACAAGCCACACUUCUUCUAACUAGAAGCAUGAUUCGGUUAGCGACUUCUGUAAUAGCCAUCCCGGGUUUUGGCAGCAUAAAAAAAAGCUAAUAAGAUCAUGAAAAAUGUGGCUUCUGAAUCCCCACAGUAUACUUCCCCUUCCUGGUCCCAACACCUCAUUAGCCCACUUGCCUAAAAAGCAAGGAGAUCUAACUCCAAUAAUGCAACAGGCAGAUUCUACAGACACUGUAGGUUAGGUUUGAGCUUUGUGACACUGAGCAGUAGGACAAAGUUCUUCGAUCUGUGCCUGUGUGUAUGAAAUCAAUCUUUCUUUAAUUCUGCAUUCCCCUCCAGGCUUUGUGACGCAGGAUGCAGCUUGCGGCUGUGGUGCCUUGCUCCGACUUUAAAAUCGCCACGAAUCACAGAUGGCUAUUUAGUAGCCCUACAAUGCUGCACAUCAUCAGCUUACAUUUCACCCUUUGGUUGUUGUUUUUGUGUUGCGCAGACAUUUGAUUGGAUCUUUAGUGCCAUUCGGUGUAGUCUCCGAGCACUCUUGCUCGUGAUCAU